AUGGCCUGCAGAAAUCCAGAGCUGGUGCCGUAUACUGUAAGAGCAACACCUUCUUCUGUGUUAUGCCCCGAUAACGAUAGCUCCAACGAGGAGGCUGAGAUAAAUGUGAUGAUACCGGACACAGUUCUUCACAUAGAGACAGAAUCCUUCUUUGUGAACCGUCAACAGCUGGCUCUUCAGAGCCCCUAUUUCCGUGCACUUUUCUAUGGCGGUGGCAGAGAGAGUGGCAAGCGCCACGUUGAGAUCAAAGGUGUGGGUGCGGACCAGUUUCGUGUCCUGAUGGAAUACACCCAGACAUCCAAGCUAUCUCUCAGCAGAGAAAAUGUCCUGAGGAUCCUAGAGACAGCAGACUUCCUUCAGCUGGAGAGACCCAGGCUCCUAUGCUGCAAGUUCCUGGAGAGAGAGCUGCAUCUAAGCAACUGCUUGGGCAUGAUGUCCUACGCUUGGCAGCUGGGAUGCCGGGAGCUCUACACAGCAGCACGUGAGGUGGCUCUAACCCACCUACCUGCUAUCGCCACAGAGGAGGACUUCAUGUAUCUGUCUAAGGAGAGUGUGGCGGACCUUCUUGCCAGUGAUAAACUAUUUGUACCCAGGGAGGAUCAAGCCUUGGAGAUGACCUUACGCUGGGCAACCUUUGACCCCAGUCGGGAGGAGGACUUCAUGGAGUUGGUGGAGCUGGUGCGACUAGAGAGCCUGUCUCUGCCCUACAUCACUGAUUUGCUUACCAGGCUCAAAGGGUCUGACCCACAAGCCAAACUCAUCUGUAAACUGAAUGACAAUUUUCAAACUAGCUUGUCUAUGGGCAGGUCCAUACCUCGGGCCAGCGAGACACUGUACAUACUCGGAGGGCCCCAUGACCAGGACAAACAGUCUCUCUACCAGUUUUACCCCCACAGUGGGAGAUGGCAGUCCCAUGCACCACUUCAGAGGAAGAAUCUCACACAGUACUCUGUGGCAGCAGUAGGAGAAAACAUUGUAGUCACCGGAGGAAACUUCCGUGAUGAGAUCUUUUGGUACAGCGUGGACUGGGUGCGGAUAUUCCAGUGUGGGAACAAGCGCUGGGUGGAUGGCCCUCCGCUGCAGAAGUCCAGGCACAGCCACUGCUCUGUGGGCCUGGGGCAGGAGCUGUACGUCAUGGGGGGCACCAUGGACGAGGGGCCUGUGGCCCACGUGGAGAAGCUGCCGCUGGGAGCACAGGUCUGGGAGGAUGUCAGCCCCAUGGUGCGGGCUGUGGAUAGGGCUGCCACCGUUGCUCGCGAUUUGUGUAUCUAUGUCGCCUGUGGACUGGAUGAGAAUGGGGAGGUGUACAGUGGCAUUCAGAGAUACCUGGUGAAGGAGGACCAAUGGGACGUGGUCACCUACUCCCCUCUGCCCAGGUAUGACCUUCUUGCAACAGUGCUCAACGGGGCCCUCUAUCUCCUGGGAGGUCAGGCAUUGCGGCUAGAUGUGGAGACAGACGAAUGGACAGUUCUAGAAGAAGAAUGUCUGGACAGAAAGUUCUUUGGUGGCUGCACCACAGUCAAUGGGCAGAUCUACCUGCUGAGCGAGCGAAAGAUGAACAAAGCAUUCCCCAACAUGGUACUGAUGGAUCCUUACAUCGACACCUGCAUGGAAAUAGACAAUGCCAUACCCUGUCCUGUGCCUCUCCGUGGCUGUGUUACCAUGCGCUUGGUCACAUGA